AUGGCGUCCAAUACGGACUCAUCACCAAAUUCGAAAAAACCAGGAGGAUCAGCGUCAUCUCAGAAUUACUAUGAUCUACUCGGAAUUACACCACAAGCAACUGAUGACGAAAUCAAACGUGCCUAUAGAAAGGCAGCUCUGCGUUUACAUCCCGACAAAAAUCCUGCUCCUGAAGCAGCGACUCAAUUUCAAGCAGUUGAUAAAGCAUAUAAAGUUCUAAUUGAUCCAAAACUAAGAUCAACUUAUGAUCAACUAGGAGCACGUGCUGCUGAUGCUAUGCGUCGAAUGAACGACGAAUACUCAGAGACUUUAGCUCGUCUUCCAAAAUGGAAAAAAGUUCUAUAUGCAUUUUUAUGCAUCGGUACAUGUUGCUGUUUCGGUGUCGGUUGUUGUUGUCUCUGUGGUUGUGGUUGUUGCUGCAAUUUUUGUUGUAAUCAUUGCUGUGGUAAAUAUAAACCUGAAGAAGAUGUAUUUACACCAUUUCAAGAAGAAGAAGAUGUUCCUGGCCUUCGUACUCAAAAUAAUGCUAAUGAAACAUCAACAAUUAUAGUAACUAGCCCAAAAGAGAGUGACCCAGUACUUGGUUCAACUGAUGAAAAGAAACCUAUACCACUACCUCCAUCUUACGAAUCGACAUCAGUAACUAAUCAAUAA